AUGGAUGACAAUUCGAGAUUCGGGCCUUCAUCCCGGUUCAAAUUCGGAUUAUUUUUUGUGAUUUUAAUCUGUUUUGUAGAAUCAAUUAUUUUUGUAGAAGCACAAAAUCUUGAUGAGCAUGGCUUUAAAGAGCUUUGCAAUAUGGAUCUCGCCUCAUUUCUUCCUCUUCCUUAUGGCAGUCUACCAAAUAUGGUUUGUAAACCUGUUUGGAAUUCAUACCUGCUAAGGUACUCCCAAGCCAAGGACAAUGUGAUUACCAUUGUAUUGUCAACUAUAUACACCAGUGGAUGGGUAGGAAUGGGAUUUUCCAGUAAUGGAAAGAUGAUCAAUUCUAGUUGCAUGGUAGGAUGGGUGAACAUGGAAGGCCGAGCUCGAAUAAAACAGUAUCAUAUAAAGGGAUUCAAACCCUCAGAAAUCAAACCAGACGAAGGUCACUUGCCACUCACCAGUGUUCCACCAUUGGUCGUGGUUCGUGAAGCCACAAUGUACAUGGCAUUCCAGCUUAAGUUCAACACAACUCUCAAAACACAGCCGAUUUUACUCGCUUUUAGCAGUAAACAUCCCCACCAUCUCCGGCUUACUGUUCAUGAUGACAAGAUGAGCAUGAAUUUUGAUUUCUCCUCAGGAAAUGCGGAUAGCAAUGUCGCUUCAUCCCCUAGCAUUAUCAAAAACAAGAAGACUCAUGGAGUAUUGGCUAUUCUGGCAUGGGGUCUGUUUCUCCCUUUUGGAGCAAUUUUUGCAAGAUACCUUAAGCAUAAGGAUCCCCUGUGGUAUUACCUUCAUGUAGUCAUUCAGUUCAUUGGAUUUUUAUUUGGAAUUGCUGCAGUGGUUGUUGGAUUUUCACUCAACCACAGGCUGCACAAUUACAUUCCCGCACACAAAGGCAUUGGAAUUUUCAUUCUCACACUCACCAUUCUUCAGGUCACUGCGUUCUUUACACGACCUAGUAAGGACAGCAAAUAUCGCAAGUAUUGGAGCUGGUCGCACAACUGCAAGUGGUGUUUAUGUAAGAUAAUUUGUGUGAAACUAGGAUUUACACUAGGCGUUGCAUCUGAAGAGAAUUUUUUGGUGAUGCACUUGGAAGCAUUGGACUAG